AUACUUUCCUGUUUGCUAGACGUCGGUUUACUUAAUCUAUUUGAGCGGAUGGAUGCAGCACUUGCUAGUGAGGAAACAAUGACAUGCUUGUCAGCUGUUACUAUGAUCCUUGACAAACUGGCUGGUAGUAAGGUAAAAGAACUACAUCGAAUACUUGCAUUCUCACCAUCCAGUCAUCCUCUGGUGUCUAUCAUUUCCCAGAUUAACAAUAUGGAACAGACAGAUGAGAGGACUAAAAAUGUCCUACAAAUUCUGGACAAGUUCUUUCAACAACUCAAUGAUGGAUCAAUUGACCCAAAAGGCCUCUUCGAGAGUCCCCGCGUACCGCAAAUCUAUGGAAGAGCGCUGUAUGAACUUAACAAAAUCUACAGUAAGCCUCUAUUGUUGGCAGUGGAUGGAAUAGAAGAGGCACGUGAGAGGACGAUAAAGGCAUCAAGGAUUUUGGUGCACCGGAAACACGCAGUAGGAACACGAAUGGGUAGUGACGUGGCGAAAAUUAUUGAGGCUCACAGGGGGAAGGAGAAGACUGUGCGGGACAUUAUCAAAGCUCAGAUGAAAUAUCUAGAGCAGUUGGCUGCCUUUAAAAAUUGCGUUUAUGGCGAGCGAUCAUUGUUCAGAUUUAAUCAGAUUUUAACCUUCUGA